AUGAGGAGACUGGCUUUUCGAGGCGCUGGUUGUGCUCUGGUAAAGCUGAAGAAGUUGGAUUCCAUGGGUUCCAAGAGAAGACGAGCUACCUCCCCUUCUAGUAGUGUCAGCGGGGACUUUGAUGACGGGCACCAUUCUGUAUCCACACCAGGCCCAAGCAGGAAAAGGAGGAGACUUUCCAAUCUUCCGACUGUAGAUCCUAUUGCUGUGUGCCAUGAACUCUACAACACCAUUCGAGACUAUAAGGAUGAGCAGGGCAGGCUACUCUGUGAGCUCUUCAUUAGGGCACCAAAGCGAAGAAAUCAACCAGACUAUUAUGAAGUGGUUUCUCAGCCCAUUGAUUUGAUGAAAAUCCAACAAAAGUUAAAAAUGGAAGAGUAUGAUGAUGUUAAUCUGCUGACUGCUGACUUCCAGCUCCUUUUUAACAAUGCAAAGGCCUAUUAUAAGCCAGAUUCUCCUGAAUAUAAAGCUGCUUGCAAACUCUGGGAUUUGUACCUUCGAACAAGAAAUGAGUUUGUUCAGAAAGGAGAAGCAGAUGAUGAAGAUGAUGAUGACGAUGGGCAAGACAAUCAAGGCACAGUGACUGAAGGAUCUUCUCCAAGUUACUUGAAGGAGAUCCUGGAGCAGCUUCUUGAAGCCAUAGUUGUAGCCACAAAUCCAUCAGGACGUCUCAUUAGUGAGCUUUUUCAGAAACUGCCUUCUAAAGUGCAAUAUCCAGAUUAUUAUGCAAUAAUUAAGGAGCCUAUAGAUCUCAAGACCAUUGCCCAGAGGAUACAGGAUGCAAAUUCUAUAAAAAAAAUAUUUUAUAUGAAAAAGGCAGAAAUUGAACAUCAUGAAAUGGCUAAGUCAAGCCUUCGAAUGAGGACUCCAUCAAAUUUGGCCACAGCCAGGCUGACAGGUCCUUCACACAGUAAAGGCAGCCUUAGUGAAGAGAGAAAUCCCACUAGCAAGUAUUACCGAAAUAAAAGAACAGUCCAAGGGGGUCGUUUGUCAGCAAUUACCAUGGCACUUCAGUAUGGCUCAGAAAGUGAGGAGGAUGCUUUAGCUGCUGCACGUUAUGAAGAAGGAGAGUCGGAAGCAGAGAGCAUUACUUCAUUUAUGGAUGUUUCAAAUCCUUUUUAUCAGCUUUAUGACACAGUUAGGAGCUGUCGGAAUAACCAAGGGCAGCUUAUAGCUGAACCUUUUUUUCAUUUGCCUUCAAAGAAAAAAUACCCUGAUUAUUAUCAGCAAAUUAAAAUGCCCAUAUCCCUACAACAGAUCAGAACAAAGCUCAAGAACCAAGAGUAUGAAACUUUAGAUCAUUUGGAGUGUGAUCUGAAUUUAAUGUUUGAAAAUGCCAAGCGCUAUAAUGUUCCCAACUCAGCCAUCUACAAGCGGGUCCUAAGAUUGCAGCAAGUCAUGCAGGCAAAGAAAAAGGAGCUUGCCAGGAGAGACGACAUUGAGGAUGGAGACAGCAUGAUCUCUUCGGCCACCUCUGAUGCUGGUAGCGCGAAAAGAAAAAGUAAAAAGAACAUAAGAAAGCAGCGAAUGAAAAUCUUAUUCAAUGUUGUUCUUGAAGCUCGUGAGCCAGGUUCAGGCAGAAGACUUUGUGAUCUAUUUAUGGUUAAACCAUCCAAAAAGGACUAUCCUGAUUAUUAUAAAAUCAUAUUGGAGCCAAUGGACUUGAAAAUAAUUGAACAUAACAUCCGCAAUGACAAAUACGCAGGGGAAGAGGGAAUGAUAGAAGACAUGAAGCUGAUGUUCCGGAAUGCCAGGCAUUACAACGAGGAGGGCUCCCAGGUGUACAACGAUGCGCACAUCCUGGAAAAGUUACUCAAGGAUAAAAGGAAAGAGCUGGGCCCACUGCCUGAUGAUGAUGACGUGGCUUCUCCCAAACUCAAGCUGAGUAGGAAGAGUGGAAUUUCUCCUAAAAAAUCAAAAUACAUGACUCCAAUGCAACAGAAACUAAAUGAAGUCUAUGAAGCUGUAAAGAACUAUACUGAUAAGAGGGGUCGCCGCCUCAGUGCCAUAUUUCUGAGGCUUCCCUCUAGAUCUGAGCUGCCUGACUACUACCUGACCAUUAAAAAGCCCAUGGACAUGGAAAAAAUUCGAAGUCACAUGAUGGCCAAUAAAUACCAAGAUAUAGACUCCAUGGUUGAGGACUUUGUCAUGAUGUUUAACAAUGCGUGUACAUACAAUGAGCCUGAGUCUUUGAUCUACAAAGAUGCUCUUGUCCUGCACAAAGUCCUGCUUGAAACUCGGAGAGACCUGGAGGGAGAUGAGGACUCUCAUGUCCCAAAUGUGACCUUGCUGAUUCAAGAGCUUAUCCACAAUCUUUUUGUGUCAGUCAUGAGUCAUCAGGAUGAUGAGGGAAGAUGCUACAGUGAUUCCUUAGCAGAAAUUCCUGCUGUGGAUCCCAACUUUCCAAACAAACCUCCUCUUACUUUUGACAUAAUUAGAAAGAAUGUUGAAAAUAAUCGCUACCGGCGGCUUGAUUUAUUUCAAGAGCAUAUGUUUGAAGUCUUGGAAAGGGCAAGAAGGAUGAAUCGGACAGACUCUGAAAUAUAUGAGGAUGCGGUGGAGCUGCAGCAGUUUUUUAUUAAAAUCCGUGAUGAGCUCUGCAAAAAUGGGGAGAUCCUCCUAUCACCAGCGCUCAGUUACACCACGAAGCACUUGCAUAACGACGUGGAGAAAGAGAAAAAGGAAAAAUUACCAAAAGAAAUCGAGGAAGACAAAUUAAAGAGAGAAGAAGAAAAAAGAGAAGCUGAAAAGAGUGAAGACUCCUCAGGCACUGCAGGCCUCUCAGGCUUACACCGCACAUACAGUCAGGACUGCAGCUUUAAGAACAGCAUGUACCAUGUUGGAGAUUACGUCUACGUGGAGCCCGCGGAGGCCAGCCUGCAGCCACACAUAGUCUGUAUUGAGAGACUGUGGGAAGAUUCUGCUGGUGAAAAAUGGUUGUAUGGCUGUUGGUUUUAUCGGCCAAAUGAAACAUUCCAUCUGGCUACGCGAAAAUUUCUAGAAAAAGAAGUUUUUAAGAGUGACUAUUACAAUAAAGUUCCUGUUAGUAAAAUUCUAGGAAAAUGUGUGGUCAUGUUUGUCAAGGAAUACUUUAAAUUAUGCCCAGAAAACUUUCGAGAUGAGGAUGUUUUUGUCUGUGAAUCACGGUAUUCUGCCAAAACCAAAUCUUUUAAGAAAAUUAAACUGUGGACCAUGCCCAUCAGUUCAGUGAGGUUUGUCCCUCGGGAUGUGCCCUUGCCUGUGGUUCGAGUGGCCUCUGUAUUUGCAAAUGCAGAUAAAGGGGAUGAUGAGAAGAACACAGACAACUCAGAGGAUAGUCGAACUGAAGACAGUUUUAACUUGGAGAAGGAGAAAGAAGAUGUCCCUGUGGAAAUGUCAAACGGUGAGCCAGGUUGCCACUACUUUGAGCAGCUCCGUUACAAUGACAUGUGGCUGAAGGUUGGUGACUGUGUCUUCAUCAAGUCCCAUGGCCUGGUGCGCCCACGUGUGGGCAGAAUUGAAAAGGUAUGGGUCCGAGAUGGAGCUGCAUAUUUUUAUGGCCCUAUCUUCAUUCACCCAGAAGAGACAGAACAUGAGCCCACAAAAAUGUUCUACAAAAAAGAAGUGUUUCUGAGUAAUCUGGAAGAAACCUGCCCCAUGACAUGUAUUCUGGGAAAGUGCGCUGUGUUGUCAUUCAAGGACUUCCUCUCCUGCAGACCAACUGAAAUACCAGAAAAUGACAUUCUGCUUUGUGAGAGCCGCUACAACGAGAGUGACAAGCAGAUGAAGAAAUUCAAAGGACUGAAGAGGUUUUCGCUGUCUGCUAAAGUGGUAGAUGAUGAAAUUUAUUACUUCAGAAAACCAAUAGUUCCUCAGAAGGAGCCCUCACCUCUGUUGGAAAAGAAGAUCCAGUUGCUAGAAGCUAAAUUUGCUGAGUUAGAAGGUGGAGAUGAUGAUAUUGAAGAGAUGGGGGAAGAAGAUAGUGAGGUCAUUGAACCUCCUUCUCUGCCUCAGCUUCAGACCCCACUGGCCAGUGAGCUGGAUCUCAUGCCCUACACACCCCCACAGUCUACCCCAAAGUCUGCCAAAGGCAGUGCAAAGAAGGAAGGCUCCAAACGGAAAAUCAACAUGAGUGGCUACAUCCUGUUCAGCAGUGAAAUGAGAGCUGUGAUUAAGGCCCAGCAUCCAGACUACUCUUUUGGGGAGCUCAGCCGACUGGUGGGGACAGAAUGGAGAAACCUUGAGACAGCCAAGAAAGCAGAAUAUGAAGGCAUGAUGGGUGGCUAUCCGCCAGGCCUUCCACCUUUGCAGGGCCCAGUUGAUGGCCUUGUUAGCAUGGGCAGCAUGCAGCCACUUCACCCUGGGGGGCCUCCACCCCACCAUCUUCCGCCAGGUGUGCCCGGCCUCCCGGGCAUCCCACCACCGGGUGUGAUGAACCAAGGAGUGGCCCCUAUGGUAGGGACUCCAGCGCCAGGCGGAAGUCCAUACGGACAGCAGGUGGGAGUUUUGGGGCCUCCAGGGCAGCAGGCACCACCUCCGUAUCCUGGCCCACAUCCAGCCGGCCCCCCUGUCAUACAGCAGCCAACAACGCCCAUGUUUGUGGCUCCCCCACCGAAGACACAAAGGCUUCUCCACUCAGAGGCCUACCUGAAAUACAUUGAAGGACUCAGUGCUGAGUCCAACAGCAUUAGCAAGUGGGACCAAACCCUGGCAGCUCGAAGACGCGAUGUCCAUUUGUCAAAAGAACAGGAGAGCCGCCUGCCCUCUCACUGGCUGAAAAGUAAAGGGGCCCAUACCACCAUGGCAGAUGCCCUCUGGCGCCUUCGGGAUUUGAUGCUCCGAGAUACCCUCAACAUUCGCCAAGCAUACAAUCUAGAAAAUCUUUAA